AUGACCGCAAAACCAAGGAUUCCAGUUCCCCAGCAUGAACCUACUUCGUCUCCAAACUCUUUCGUUCUUCGAUUACUCGCGAAAGACAUCUCACUAUCGUUAUCACACCCAUCGCAAAGCCUAACAUUCUCCUCUCUGUCGUCUACCACCACGGAAACUUCUACAUAUCCAUGGAUGUAUUGUAUAAAACAUUGGAAUCUAAGCCCAAUGUUGAUCAUUUUGGCUUUUUGGAAGUACUUCUUGCAAAAACUGGAUACAUGAGGUUCCUGUUAUGAGACACUUGGUUAUUGAUCAUGUAUAGGAUAGACAAAAAGAGAUUGAAUGGAUGCGCAUCGUGUUGUCUCGCAUAUAGCGAUGGAUGUACAAGUUUUAUGAUCACCAUUUUUAAUGUUUUUGAAGACAUCCGUUGAUAUCUGAAAGGAUGCCAAGUACAAAAUUUGACAUUUUUUGACUGUUGGGUUCUUAGCUGGUGGGAAGAUUCUACGUGGGAAAUUAGAAAUUGCAGGGAAUCUAAUGCAUAGGGAUUGUUGAAGGGAUCAGAUGCCAUUGCUUCAUGGAUAGAAUGGGUAACAGAGGCAGGAAAUGUAAGCUGUGGAGGAGUUAAUGAAGGCAGUCAGUCAAGUCAGUCAGUCAGGUGUUGAUUGCAAGGGUUUCGAAGGAAGCCACAGGGGCAACAUCUCUUUCUGAUGAGUCACAGUUGAUUUUAAAGGACCAAUUGUAACAAGAAGAGGAUAUAUGAGCAUUUUAUUG